GACUAUUUUUUAAACUAUCUUCAAAGAUCAGUUUCAUAUACUGUUUCUACUAGGUAGACAUUAUCAAUGCUAAAAUAUUAAUAUGGCUAUAACUACAUUAGGAGAGGCCUCGGCCGACUCCGUGUCACAUGCAUCAACCACCAAAGUUAUCUUUGUUGUGGUUAUGUUCUUAAUAUCCUUAACAUCAUUUGUAACACAAACUGAAUUCACAUCUCAAGCUUAUCAACUCGGAUUUAGUGAGCCAAUAAUAUUAUUAUUAGUAACUCAUGGUUCAUGGUGGAUCUUAUGGCCAUUACAAGCCUUGUCUGUUUCAGUACUUCGUACAUUUAUUAAACAUAGAGAUCAAUCAAGAUCAACUUAUCAACGAUUAAAUUCUCAUUCACAAUUACUUGAAGAAAAUGUUAUAACUAGAAAGAAUCUUCAUUUAGGUGAAUAUUUUCAAAAGGCUCUUGUUAAACAAUUCCAUAAUGUUUAUCAUACUGCCAUAAUAAUUUAUGAAUGGAAUAUUAAUCACGAUGAACGUACAGAAAAUCUUGAUCAAUUAAUUUCUCAGAAUCCUCAUGUUUCAUCAUCAAAUUCUAUAAUAAAAUGUAUAAAUUCAUUCUUUAGAACUCCAGCUAUAAAGUAUAUUGUAACUAGAGCAUCGUUUGUGACUGUGGUAUUAACCAUUGCUGGUUCAACUUGGUAUAUUGCAAUGUCAUUGACAUAUGCAGCUGAUGUUACUGCUAUUUAUAAUUGUUCUGCUUUUACAGCUUAUGCGUUUGCUAUUCCUUUAUUGAAUGAAAAGUUUUCCUGGUUGAAAGCUAGUUCAGUAAUUAUUGCUGUUGUUGGUGUAUUUGUAGUUGCCUAUUCUGGAUCAGAUGAAAUUCCAGAUGAAUCUUUAUAUCCUUAUAGAUUUUGGGGUAAUUUGCUUAUAUUAAUUGGGGCUAUCUUAUAUGGAUACUACGAAGUGAUAUAUAAAAAGUAUUUAUGUAUUCCUCCACAUUUAGCAAAAAUCAUAACUCCACGUCGUCAACUGACAUUUGCUAACUUUGUUAUGGCAUUCUUUGGAUUUUUUACCAGUAUUAUAGUUUUAUCAGUUAUAAUAUUUGCUGAAUUAUUUCAAGUUCAUAGUUUUAAUUUCUUCAAUUAUGGUGAUGAUACAAGAAAGAUAUGGUUAUAUAUAGUUGGAUCUAUUAUAUCAAAUCUUUUAUUUAGUGCAUCAUUUUUGACAUUAAUGGCAUUAACAAGUCCUGUAUUAUCAUCGGUUAGUUCAUUACUUACCAUAUUUUUAAUUGGAAUAGUUGAAUGGAUUGCAUUUGGUAAUACAUUAGAUUUUCAACAAUUAUUAGGUGAUCUCCUUGUCGUAAUUGGAUUUGUAGUAUUAACUAUAGCCUCAUGGAAGGAAAUCAGUGAAGGUAACGAAGAAGAUGAUGUGGAUGUAGUCAGUACAUAUUCAUUUGCAGUCAGCACCGAAGACUCUUAGUAACACUAAUUAUCACAUAUUUAUUUAUAUAUACGAUAUAUAUCGAUAUAACUGUAUGUAGACAUUCAUUGCAAAAGAUAUAAUUCUCCUUAAAUAAAUUUGCGAC